GAGAAAAGCUCAAUGAGAAAGGCACCUAUAAACAAUUCCCAAAAGUUUGAACAAAGCUUUACAGGAAGAGCAUAAAUACACUAAACAAAUUGUCCUGUUAAUUGUUCAGUCUAUUCUUCAGGGCUUCACUGUCAGACACUUGAGGGUUGUGGGGAAUUGAAAUUCCAAAGAACUCCCUCUGGGUGAGGGAAGUGGGGGUGGGGGAGCUGUUUUGUUCCUGGCUGAUGUAACAGCACCAAAACAUUAACCAAGAUGCUCCAAGUUGGACUGCAACUCCCUGAUGACACACAGCAAUGAUAAUGUGCCUGUGACAUCUGCACAUGACAGACUUAAUGAGGAGGACAGAGACAUCACAAAGUUGGAAUAUAGGCAAUAAAUAUAAACGCAAAGCAAGCAGGGAUUACCAUGCAUGUAUACAUUCCAUUAUUUACAAAGUGCAUUUCUGCUAAUAAUUCUUAAUGUGCCUCAGAGAAACUGUGGAUCUCAUUUUGUAAAUUUCAUCAUCAAGAAACAGGCAGCAAGAAAACAUGAAAACUGACCAAAACUGUGAAUCACUUGAGGGGCAAGACCAAGAUGGCAUGGCCCAAUGGAUAAUCUUAUUUCAGGAAAAGGAAGCAGCUGUUUAUUCUCUCUGCUGAAGUCAGUUUAGCUGCAAAGGGGAUUAGUAAUCAAUAAUUGGCAUGGAGACAGAGUAUUCCAACCAGACCAUGGUCAGCUACUUUUACCUCGAAGGUCUGAUGUACACUGCUGACCAUCCCAGCCUCUUUUUUCUCCUCUUCCUCCUCAUCUAUACCAUCACAGUAACUGGAAAUCUCCUUAUUCUCAUCAUUGUGGGCUCUGACACUUACCUGCAGUCUCCCAUGUACCACUUCCUGGGGCACCUCUCCUUCCUGGAUGCGUGUUUGUCUACAGUGACAGUGCCCAAGGUCAUGGCAGGCUUGCUGACUCUGGAUGGAAAGGUGAUCUCCUUUGAGGGCUGUGCCAUGCAGCUGUACUGCUUCCACUUCCUGGCCAGCACUGAGUGCUUCCUGUAUACAGUCAUGGCCUAUGACCGUUACCUGGCUAUUUGCCAGCCCCUGCACUACCCAGUGGCCAUGAACAGGCAGGUGUGUGCCAGGCUGGCUGGCAUCACUUGGGCCAUAGGGGCCACACACUCUGCAAUUCAUACCUCUCUGACUUUCCACCUGCUCUACUGUGGUCCUCACCACAUUGCUUACUUCUUUUGUGAUAUCCCCCCGGUGUUGAAGCUGGCCUGUGCAGACACCACCACCAAUGAGCUUGUCAUGCUUGCCAACAUUGGCAUUGUGGCUGCUGGCUGCCUGAUCUUCAUUGUCAUAUUGUACGUCUUCAUCAUGGCAGCUGUGCUGUGCAUCCACACAGCAGAGGGCCGGCAGCGGGCCUUCUCCACCUGCACUGCCCACCUCACAGUGGUGCUGCUCUACUACGUGCCCCCUGUCUGUAUCUACCUGCAGCCAAGCUCUGGUGGGGCAGGAGCUGGGGCUCCUGCUGUCUUCUACACAAUCAUCACUCCAAUGCUCAACCCUUUCAUUUACACGCUAAGGAACAAAGAGGUGAAGCGGGCCCUGGGAAGGCUGUUGUGCCAAGUCCCUGGAGAUCAUCCAGCAGGUGGCCAACCCCCAUAACCUGAGCUGUAAGUCUCUUACUUCGCCAGCAAAGAAGGCAAGAAUCAACCGUAUAUUUAAAUGAGUAGAGAAACGAGUUCAAGUAUAAGUCAGAAUG